AUGAUUGUGCUCCUCCUCGUGCCCGUGCUGGUGUUCCACUGUGUCGGGGGCCAUGUUCUGGAUACCCCACAACUUCCAGUGCCUUUGCCUCCAGGACUCUCCAAAAAUAUCAAUAAUACAAUCUUCAAUGGAGUGUUAAAAAAUGUGGAAAGCGUGGCCGAAAUUUUUGACUGCCUGGGCUCCCACUUCACCUGGCUGCAGGCUGUGUUCACCAACUUCCCUCUGCUGCUGCAGUUCGUGAAUGGGCUGCAGUGUGUGGCGGGCCUCUGUCCUCGAGACUUGGAGGACUACGGCUGUGCCUGCCGGUUUGAGAUGGAAGGGAUGCCGCUCGAUGAGUCAGACAGCUGCUGCUUCCAGCACCGCAGGUGCUACGACGAGGCUGCGGAGAUGGGCUGUCUCCAGGACCCCGCCAAGCUCAGCGCAGGCGUUGACUGCAUCCACAAGAAGAUCACAUGUGAAUCCGAGGACCCCUGUGAGCACCGGCUGUGUGCCUGUGACAAGGUAGCGAUCGAGUGCUUGGCUCGGUCUGGCAUCAACUCUUCCCUCAAUCUUCUGGACGCCGCCUCAUGCCUGGUCCAGACUUCAGAGGCGACCAGCAGGGAAGGGAUGACCACGCCACUGCCUGCAGAGGUUCCCGCAAAGCCCACGGACAUCAGCCUGGCAGCGCUUUCAAGAGAAGUCACUGGUGACACCAGAGCUGACAGACGGACCACGCUCCCCGAGACAAAAUCAGGCGAAGAUCUGGGUGGCGACACGGCUAGGCCCACGCUCCCAUCAGGUUCUGCAGAGAUUAUCGCUACGGCAAAAGGUAUCACCCUGGUCCCUACUGGCCUAAAAUCGUCAGGGUUGGUGAUGUCAUCCACUGACAGCAGCCCCGAGACAACCAGAAAAGCCUGUGACAGAUUGACCUUCCUGCGCCCGGGGGGCGAGGAGAGCGGGGAGGCCAUGCAGCAGCUGGGAGAGAUGCUCUUCUGUCUGACGUCCCGCUGCCCAGAGGAAUUCGAGUCCUAUGGCUGUUACUGUGGGCAAGAAGGAAGAGGAGAGCCGAGGGACGCCCUGGACAGGUGCUGUUUGUCCCAUCGCUGCUGCCUGGAGCAGAUGAGGAGGCUGGGCUGCCUACGCGAGAGGCAUCCUGGGUUGGAAAUGAUGUGUGUGGACCACAGACCCAAGUGUGUGGGACACAGCCUCUGUGAGAAGCUGCUUUGUGCCUGUGACCAGACAGCCGCCGAGUGCAUGGCCUCAGCCUCUUUCAACCAAAGCCUUAAGUCACCAGGCAGACAGGAGUGCCAGGGCGCACAGGUGGCCUGCGAGGAUGGAAUGACACUUGGAGGGCACUCGGCUUCGUCUGCGGGCUCCAGCUCUGAGGAGAACAGUGAAGAGGCUCCGCCCCAUGCAAGGAGCCUUAGAAGAAGCAGAAGAUUCCUGGGGAAGGCUCUUGGCUCCCCGGAACCCAGCCCACACCAUGGGAGAUAGAUUCCAGGCCGCAUGGCAAGCACAUUGUAGUUCUACUCCUGCUUCUGCCUUAGCUCUCUGGCCUCCAGUCCCCUCCGUUCAUUGGAGCCUCAGUGGAGGUUCAAAGGGAACAGAGCAAAACAUACCUGUGUCCCUGAGCCUUCUGACAUGUCAGUUCACAAAUGUGCUCUGGGAGUGGGCAAGGGACCAGCACUUCUGUAUUCCCUGUAGCGCAUGACUGAAGCUCAAUAAAUACUCCAACCCACGUGGUUUGUUUUCACCAAUGUAGUUGCAGACACUACUGCGUGAGUGAACUGUAAAGGUGAGAUGACAGAGAUGGUGGAGGAAAAACAGAAGGUGUUUCUUUAAGCUAAACUAUUGAAGAAAAUAUUUAAUCAAAUAUUUAAGGGUCAUUAGUAGCCUAGCGGGAUGUACACCAAGGACUCAGAGGAUGGCUCUUCUGGGAAGGACCACAAAUAUAUUUCCCAGCCUCAUUAUUGAGAGUAGACCUUGGUGCCAGUCACCGCCAUGAGGAAUCGCUCAACACUGGGCCCUAGGUCUUACUUUUUUUUUUUUUCUUACAUAGGAUUAACCCUGUGGCCAAGUUUGAUGGGAUGCAAAGGCCCAUUAGGACAGUUUA